UAGGCUAAGACGUAUAACCGAGAAUAACCGAGUGCCGCUCUGCCGGUCGGUUUCUACUGCUUCUACAUCAGCAGCUAAAGCUUUAAACGCGUAGUAAUACAACUAGUCCUCGUACUGUUAACAUACACGAAACGGUAGACUCCUCCAUUGCUGUUCUUGUUCUCUGCUCAAGUUUAGUAAGAGUUCGAGUGCGUUUUUUAACGUCGAAUUGUUUUACUGUAUAAAUAUCGUAUUUAAUUAAUAAUUAUUUAAAAUUUAAAUAUUCAUUUAAGUCUCAUAUUAUUAUCAAAAUAUUAAAUUAAUAGUUUUAAAUAAUAAAGAACGUACUUUUUAUUAUUUUAAAUAAUACAUAUUAACGUAUAUUUUAUUGCGUACAGAAGUGUGUUGCCAAUUUGCACCGGGAUUUAGAUAAUUAUUUUCUUUGUCAACGUUAUUAUUGACUGUUUCAUUCUUUUGUUGGUUAAAUUUUUCCAGUGAUUUAUUGUGAAUAAUUUAUUAUUAUUAAUUCAUUAAUUCGUGGAUUUUUCUUCCAUUUGACUUACAUCAAGUAAAUUUACCAAGCCAACAUGGCUGAUCAAUUAACAGAAGAACAGAUUGCUGAAUUUAAAGAGGCAUUUUCGCUGUUCGAUAAAGACGGUGAUGGUACUAUUACAACAAAAGAAUUGGGUACUGUUAUGCGUUCGUUGGGACAAAAUCCAACGGAAGCUGAGUUGCAAGAUAUGAUUAAUGAAGUUGAUGCCGACGGUAAUGGAACGAUUGAUUUUCCGGAAUUUUUAACAAUGAUGGCACGUAAAAUGAAGGAUACAGAUAGUGAAGAAGAAAUUAGAGAGGCAUUUAGGGUAUUUGAUAAAGAUGGAAACGGUUUCAUAUCAGCUGCUGAGUUGAGACACGUUAUGACAAAUCUUGGUGAGAAAUUAACUGAUGAAGAAGUCGAUGAAAUGAUAAGAGAAGCAGAUAUCGAUGGCGAUGGUCAAGUUAAUUAUGAAGAAUUCGUCACAAUGAUGACAUCAAAGUGAAUACAACUUACGUGUAUGAAUAAUUUUCAACUUAAAGUGGUAUUGACAUAUUAAGAGAAUUCAAAAAAAUAAAAUAAAAUUUAAAUAAUUAAACUAAAACAGAUAAAUAAUGAAUAAUUAUUAUUAUAUUAAAAAAAAAGAACAUCUACAGGUGCGAAUUGUUAUGAAGCAGAAAUCUAGCAGUAACUAAAACUACAGCUACAACUACAGUAAAAGUAACAAAAGAAAUAGGAUUUUAAUGAAAUGAAAAGUCUGUCUGUUGGCAGAAAAAGUUUAAUAAUAAUUAAAAAUAAAAAAAAUUCAAAUAAAAUAAAAAUUGAAAUAAAUAAAAGUUGAAAAAAAAAAUAAAUAAAUAAUAUUAUUAAUUAAUAAUUAUUAAUUUUAAGUAUAAAAAAAUGAUGAAACAGAAAUAAGUUUUUUUUUUUGUUUUCUUCUACACUAUUUAAAGUUAUGUUCAUAAACAAUCUAAUAAUUAAUAAUAAUUCUAUUCUUAAUCAAAAAAGGAGCCUUUAUUACUUAUCUCAUAAAGAUAAAAAAAUUUUUUUCCAUUUAAAUUAUUAAUUAUUAUUAUUUAGUAAAUAAACAUACAAUAUUAAUUAAGAACUUUUUUCGUUAGUUUACAAUAGAUAAUUUAGUUUUUUAAAUUGUAAUUAUUAUGACUACUCUUUUAUAUGUAAUUCAGUGGGGUUUCAACUGUUAGGGAAAUGGAAUUAUUUAUCGGGAAAAAAAUGCGGAAAGAAUUUUGCUUUUCUAUAAAUAGUUGAACGGAUUUUUUUUCAUAAUCUGAUUUAUUUUUCUGUCUAAUUUCGAAUAAUUUUCUCACGUUUUUCAUGAUAUUGGUGAUAAUUA